AAUCUAACGAUUUUCUCGGCAUCACCGUGCAAUUCGUUAGGAGACGCGCAUAUAUCGCGAGACCGGACGUCGUUCUUGACACCUGUGCUAAUAGUAUCGCGUGGUACACCUUAUCGUCACUGAUAAUCGACGCGAGGGUGACGGGUCCCCCAGGCUAGGGCCUUGUUUCCGCCAAUUUUUACCGUGUCCACGCAACGAUGACGUGAUACCUCUCUCGACGGAACGUUUUCGAUUACGAUAUUUAACGGUGACGAGACGUGGUUACGUCCGUAGUUACGUUAGCGCCGUAACGAGUCACGCGACAUUAGAUCAAUAAACAUGCCAGAAUUGACGGAGCUUGACAAGGCGGCGAGCUCGGAGCCUACCAAGGUCGAGCUGGUGGGUAUCGGCUCUGCGACCGACUCCGAUUCGGACGACACUAUACCGGAGUUAGAGGAUGCUGGCACCCCGGGUACUGUCGGUUUCCCCGGCACAACGGUCACUGGACUUCCCAUUGACAUGGUGUCCAAGGCCAAGCAGAGCCGCGGUGAAAAGAAGGCCAGGAAGCUCAUGAGCAAGUUAGGAUUGAAGCCGGUACAAGGAGUUAACAGAGUGACUAUCCGUAAAUCAAAGAACAUUCUGUUUGUUAUAAACAAGCCAGACGUUUUGAAGAAUCCAGCUUCAGACACGUACAUAGUAUUUGGUGAAGCCAAGAUUGAAGAUCUCAGUCAGCAAGCUCAGGUGGCAGCGGCUGAGAAGUUCAAGGAACCACCAGUUAUACCAGCUACUGAAGCUGGCGGUAGUACUACGGUUGUUGCUCCUAUACAAGAAGAAUCAGAAGAAGAGGUGGAUGAAACAGGCGUGGAGGAGAAGGACGUUGAUUUGGUUAUGUGUCAAGCUAAUGUAUCGCGAGGGAAAGCUAUUAAAGCUCUUAAGAAUAAUCAAAAUGACAUCGUCAAUGCUAUCAUGGAAUUGACAAUGUGAUAAAGCUGCUUAGAAGUAGGAUGUGCUACGUGAUAGCUGACGCGUUUCGAGAUCAGAAUUUCAUUAUAUGUACCACCAGAAUGCAUCGUUCUUUUUUUAAUUUCAUUGAAUUGAAAGACUAAGCCACGAUAUAUUGUGAGUAAA